AUGCCUCAGCUGCUGAAAAACAAGGGCAGGAUUCUCAAAUGGACUACUGAGUGCCUUGUCAAGUCUCCCGGACACACCAUCACGUUGAAGCGAGGAGCGAAGCCCUUCAAGCUCACGUCCAACGCUCAGAACGUAGAGUACAUCCUCAAGAUCAACGUCGACAAAGAAAACUUGCGAGUUACGAGGUCUCUACACGACUACCUCAUGGAUUCUGUGGCCGAGAAGAUUGAAAAGAGGCUGCUUCCAACGAUUGCAAGCGUUUGUGGCCGACGAGUCAACUUGCAAGACGUGUUCAUGCGGUUCGCCUUCGACAGCAUUUGCAAGCUCGCAUUCGGAGUCGAUCCUGUGUGCUUGGAUCCGUCGUUUCCCACGAUUGCGUUAUUCGACGAGUCCACGAGGUUAAGCACUGAAAGGUUUUACCAAGUCCAUUCCUUACUCUGGAAGAUCAAGAGGUACUUCAACGUUGGCACCCCCGACUCCUCGCGAUACAACUGGAGAUCAGCUUCACACCAACUUUACCAACGGGCAUUUCAGAAGCUUGAACCUGAUAGCACCUAUGACCCUUACGACGAGCAGUCAGAUGACAAUCGAUGCUCCUAG